AUGUUCAGCAUCGUCAGCACACCGCCCAACUUUCUAUGGCAAGACUUUUUGGAAUCCUCCUUCCCGGCACGUCUGCCUCCGUCUGGGGAGGGGAAGAGUGCCGGGGGCAAGGCCGCGUCGGCGGACGAGCAGCCGCUUAGCAUCCGCAACACGCUGCUGAAGUUCGGGCUGGACCAGACCGUCGGCGCAACGUUCAAUACGCUGCUGUUUAGUGUCUACAUCCACUCUAUCCACCUGGCUAUGCCUGACGCGCCGCGCAUUACCAACUUCACCAAGGCGACGGGCUACUGGAUCUCUCCGGGGGUCAUUGACUUUUCGGCCGUUGACAUGGCCGUGGUGUGGCAGGCGGCGCUCGCCGAGUUUUGGACCAUUGUGUUGGCGGGGAUGAAGCUUUGGCCGGCGACCGUUGAGGGCAGGAACCUGGUGGGCUGCGUGGCGGGAUUGGGCUGGGGAAUUUAUAUGAGUAUGAUUGCGGCCAAGGAGUAA